UAGAUCGAAUUCGAUUUAUUCAAACUCGGGUAUUCAAAAUGAACGGACGUAUUUCAGUUCUCCUCGUAAUUUUGAGUUUAUUAAUAACGUCAUCGAAAUGUUUGCGAAGGCAAAAAAGAAUCGUCGGUGGUGAUGCAGCAGCACAACCUCCGAUAGACGAUCCUGUUGUAUUUGUUAAUAAAAAUGGACGAGAUGCACGUAUACUUGGCAUACGAGAUCAGAAUAGUGGAUAUUAUUCAUUUCGAGGAAUUAGAUAUGCUGAACCGCCGAUUGGUCUACAUCGUUUCCAAAGACCCAAAGCUAUUAAUUUGGCGGGCGAUUUAAAUGCUACGACAUGGGGUUCUCCUUGUCCUCAAAUAAAUGGCCAUGUAUCAAACAAAAUUAUUGGCUCGGAGGAUUGUUUAUUUCUAAAUAUUUUUACACCAGUACUUCCGGAUGCCAGUGAAGGAUAUCCUGUAUUAAUUUGGAUACACGGAGGAGGUUUUAGAAGAGGAUCGGCAUGUCAAUAUGAAAUGAAGCAUCUUAUUAAAAAAAAAAUAAUCGUCGUAUCUAUACAGUAUAGAUUAGGUUCCUUAGGAUUUUUAAGUACCGGGACGAAAGAUUUGCCUGGAAAUAAUGGAUUAUUUGAUAUGAUAUUGGCUGUUAAUUGGAUUAAAGAUUACAUAGAAUUUUUUGGUGGAAAUCCACGUAAAAUUAUAGCGUUCGGCCAUGGGACCGGUGCAAGUUCGGCUCUUAUCCUAUCACUCUCGAAAUUAUCAUCAGGUAUGUUUAAUGGUGUAAUUGCUAUGUCCGGUUCGAUUUUAUCGCAUUUCGCGAUCGAUAAAGAUCCGUUAAAUACAGCUAAGUAUAUUGCAAUUAACAAUGGAUGUCCAACGAGUGAUACAAAAGAAAUGGUACAAUGUCUUCGAGAAUUAUCGGUUGACAAAUUAAUAGAGGUCGAUUCUAAAUUGGAAUAUAUUCGAACUGUGCCAGGUAUCAUAUCAAGUAUAUCCACUUUGUUAACCACCGGUCCUGCUAUCGAAGGCAGUGAUGAUGAAAGAUCGCUUCCAAAUCUCAUAACUGAAACACCAGAAGAAUCAUUGAAGCUUGGCAAUUUUCCGGAUAUUCCUUUGCUAACAGGAAUAGUGAAGGAUGAAAUUGGUGGAGCGAUAUCUGGCGAUUAUAGAAACGAAUUAGAAGAAAAAUUACGAACAAUUCCAAAUUAUUUAUCUAAAGAUUUAAUUCCAUCUCUACAGAAAACCGUACCAAACGUUGGAAAUAUGACGAUGUUCGCUCCAGAAGCUUUUGAAAAGUAUUUAAAUAUUUUUCAAAAUAAUAAAGUCGACAAAAUGAAAAAAAUAGCAGAAGUUAUGGGUGAUUCUUUGUUCAAUGCGCCUGCUUUUCUUACGGUAAAACAUUGGUCUAAAAAGGCCAAAGCAUUUUUGUAUAGCUUCGAUUAUGACGGCGAACGAUGUUACGGUAAAGAUUUUCUCGCAGGAUUACCUAUUGUCGACGCAAAACAAAGUUUAAGAGGUAUAAAUCAUGGGGAUGACUUGGGAUACAUUUUUGAUCGUAACAAUAUAGUCGGUGAAAAACUACGGAAUGUCAUAGAUGAAACAAAUGAAAUGGAUGAACACGUAACAGAGAUAUUCACAGACAUGAUCUCAAAUUUUGCAAGAACUGGUAAACCGAAUAUAUCAAUCAAAUCGGAAAACAAUACUUGGUUACCGAAAAUUGUGCCAAAUUUUUCUGAGAGCAAUUCCUUCGUUAGUAUUAGUUCUGUACCAAAAAUGAUGGAAAAUUUUAGAUACUGCGAAAUGGGUUUAUGGACUGGUCUCUCUGGACGAUUACAAUCACCAACUUGUAGUUUAUUUAAAUCUACAUCUCAAGUAGUACAUAAUGUUGGCACAGGUACUAAAAAUGUAAUAGAAAAACCCGUUGAAAAAAUUGGCAAUGUUGUUCCUAACAUUAAACCAAGUUUUGGGUGAUACUGAUAAUUUGUCAUAGAUCAAUUGUAUGAUACAUGAUUAUGAUAAAAAAUUAAUAUUAUAUAAACAAUAAUGUUUAUUUAUAAAAAUUAAAAAACAGUUCUAUAAAACCGUAUUUAAUUAUC